UGCCGACGUCAGUACGGAGGAGUCCAGCGUCAUCACCAUUAAGAGGACGAUGGCGGUGAAUCGAGGAAGCUGCCGUAUAGGCGCCAGUGGCUGUCAUGAUAGCGUGGCCUAUAGUGCCUGACAGCCCGGGAGAGAGGGACAUUAACGUGGAGCGUCGAGGCCAAGGCUUGGUACCGUUAACGGCAGCGCAGGAGCAGACAAAGGGCCUUCUAGGGCCGGAUGGCUGUGUUCAUGAAAACAGAAGGAGCCCCUGGCAGCUUUCAUGCCCUACAACGGGGGUGCACGGCGACCUGGGCAUUGACUUUGUUUCUGUCGCUGGUGUUUUCGCUAUCGGGACUCGGGCACAGCAUGACCAAAGAGGACCGGCACAAACUCAGGGAUCAAGUGCUUGAGAUGUUCGAUCACGCGUUCAGAAACUACAUGGACCACGCUUACCCAGCGGACGAGCUGAUGCCCCUGACGUGCCGGGGACGGGUACGAGGGCUGGAGCCCAGCCGGGGUGAUGUGGAUGACGCUCUGGGCAAGUUCUCCCUGACGCUGGUGGACACGCUGGACACCCUCGCGGUCCUGAACAAGCCAGAGGAGUUUGAGGAGGCCGUACGCCAAGUGCUGCAGGAUGUCCGGCUUGAUAACGACAUUGUCGUGUCUGUGUUUGAGACCAAUAUCAGGGUCCUGGGGGGGCUGCUGGGAGGCCAUUCCGUGGCUCUAAAACUUCAGGAAGACGGUCCGUACAUGUCUUGGUACCGUGGCGAGUUGCUGACCAUGGCCAAAGAACUGGGGCUGAGGCUGCUGCCGGCCUUUAACACGACGAGUGGGCUGCCGUACCCCAGGAUCAACCUGAAGCAUGGACUGCGGAGUCCCGAGGCCCGGACUGGCACAGAGACGGACACUUGCACGGCCUGUGCAGGGACCAUGAUCCUUGAGUUUGCAGCUCUUAGUCGAUUCACUGGGGACCCCAUCUUUGAGUUCCAUGCUCGAAGAGCUCUCGACUUCCUGUGGGAGAAGCGGCAGAGGAACAGCAACCUGGUCGGGACCACAAUCAACAUUCAUACGGGUGACUGGGUGCGCAGAGACAGCGGUGUAGGAGCUGGGAUUGACUCGUACUACGAGUAUCUGCUGAAGGCCUACGUCCUGCUGGGAGAUGAGCUCUUUCUGCAGCGCUUCAAUACGCACUACACGUCAAUAAUGAAAUACAUCAGCCAACCGCCGCUUCUCCUGGACGUUCACAUCCACAAGCCUCUGCUCAACGCCCGCACCUGGAUGGAUUCGCUGCUUGCCUUUUUCCCCGGAUUGCAGGUGUUGAAAGGAGACAUCCGGCCUGCCAUCGAGACUCAUGAGAUGCUUUAUCAGGUCACCAAGAAGCAUAACUUCCUGCCAGAGGCCUUCACCACAGAUUUCCGUGUCCACUGGGCACAGCACCCGUUACGGCCCGAGUUUGCCGAGAGCACUUACUUUCUGUAUAAGGCCACGGGGGACCCUUACUACCUGGAGGCUGGGAAGUCCAUCUUGGACAACUUGAACAAGUUUGCACGGGUGCCUUGUGGCUUUGCAGCAAUGAAGGACGUGCGGACGGGGAGCCAUGAAGACAGGAUGGACUCCUUCUUCUUGGCCGAGAUGUUUAAGUACCUAUUCCUGCUCUUUGCUGACAAGGAGGACCUGCUGUUUGACAUCGAGGAGUUUGUUUUCACAACUGAGGCUCAUCUACUUCCACUUUGGUUGUCCACCACAACCCGUGCCUGGCGGCAGACUAAUGCGACCGCACAACCCACGGAAGCGGCACCACUGGACGACAGCAACUUUGACUGGUCCUGCCCCAACACACGAGUGCUGUUUCCAAAUGACCCCGCCUUUGCCCAAAACAUCAGGGAGCCAGUAAGAGGGGUGGUAGACAAGAACUGCCCAAGGAGUGGCCAUCAGGGGAGCACCCCGUCUCCCUCUGCAAGGUCACACCCACCACUAAGGGCAAGGGACUUCAUGGCCAACAAUGCCGAGCAUCUAGACAUCCUGAAGCGCAUGGGUGUCUCUCUGAUCCACCUGAAGGAUGGCCGCGUGCAGCUGGUGCAGCAUGCCACCCAGGCGGCCAGUGCACUGGAUGCUGAGGAUGGCCUUCGCUUCAUGCAGGAGAUGAUCGAGUUGUCCAGCCAGCAACAGAAAGAGCAGCUGCCCCCUCGCGCUGUCCAGAUUGUCUCCCAGCCCUUCUUCGGGCGAGUGGUGCUCACUGCCGGCCCUGCCCAGUUUGGUCUGGACCUCUCCAAAAGCAGUGCUGGGGUACGUGGACUUGUGGCACUGGCCGAGCCCAUCAACGGCUGUUCUGAAGUAACCAACUCUGCCACCCUAGCAGGAAAAAUUGCUCUAAUGCAGAGGGGCCUGUGCAUGUUUGCAGAGAAAGCUCGACAUGUGCAAGAGGCCGGAGCCAUCGGGGGCAUCGUUGUGGAUGACAAUGAAGGAAGCAGCAGUGACACAGCCCCGCUCUUUCAGAUGGCAGGAGAUGGCAAGAGCACUGAUGACAUCACAAUCCCCCUGCUCUUCCUUUUCCAUAAGGAGGGUUCAAUCAUCCUUAAUGCUCUGCAGGAAUUCCAGGAGGUGGAGGUGCUGCUGUCGGACCGGGCCCGAGAUCGGGGAGAGGCCCCCAUCGGCGCCAAGCAGCCACCUGCAGCUUGCACACCCCCAAGUGAUAUGGUGGGUGUGGAGCACAAAAUUGGGGAAGACUGUUCUCCCGGUGAAGACAGUAUGUCUGACCCAGGUGCCCACAGACUGCACUCUGAAGAGCUGGAAAUGAAGGAUAAUAACCCAGUGGCAGAGCCGGGGCCAGAGCCAGAGCCCGAGCCCAAGGACAAGCAGGACCAGAAGGGCACUAGCCACACGAUUGAGUCAAUCCUCUCUGAUUGGAGAGAAGACAUUGAGGCCUUUCGGCAAAUGGAAAGAGAUGAACUUUGACCUCUGCCAUGGCUUUUUUAACCACCAGACGGAUAUAGUGCUCGUGGGGGCCAAUGUAGGCCUAAGUCAUUCCCAGACCACCAAGUCCAGUUCUUGGCUGCCCUAUGGAUUUG